UUUUAAUAAUUUAUUAUUCGCAUCAUGAUUAAAAGAAUUCACAAGAUGAACAUUCAACAUAGAUCUAGAUUUAGGUCUACUACUACUUUAAUCUAUUGAGUAAUAUUCAAUAGAGCAAUCAGGGUCUUAGCUGGUUAUCACAAUUUUGGUUAAAGAUGUCUUUGUUUCCAGAACUGAGAGGUCUAUAUCAUUUACGGGAAACUAUUGGAUCAGGAGGCUUUGCAAAAGUAAAACUGGCUUACCAUGCAUUGACAGGGGAGAAGGUUGCAGUCAAAAUAAUGGAUAAAAGAACACUAGGGGCAGAACUUCCUAGAGUGACCACAGAAAUAGCUGCAAUGAAAGAAUUGUGUCAUCAGCAUAUUUGUAAACUUUUUCAAGUAAUUGAGACUGAAACUAGAUUUUUUCUAGUACUUGAAUACUGCCCUGAGGGAGAACUUUUUGAUUACAUAGUUUCAAAGGAUCGCUUGGAUGAAGCAGAAGCUCGUGUAUUUUUUCGACAAAUUGUUGCUGCUGUGGCUUAUAUCCAUGAAGCUGGUUUCGCUCACAGAGAUCUAAAGCCUGAAAAUUUGUUGCUAGACGAAGAUCAAAACAUUAAACUGAUUGAUUUUGGCUUGUGUGCCAAACCUAAGGGUGGAAUGGAUAGUUUGUUGGCAACUCUUUGUGGAAGUCCAGCUUAUGCAGCACCAGAGCUUAUCUCAGGAAGACAAUAUUUAGGUUCAGAGGUUGACCAAUGGAGUAUGGGUGUCCUGUUGUAUGCUUUAAUGUGUGGUUUUUUACCAUUUGAUGAUGAGAAUAUAUCACAGUUGUAUAAAAAAAUUAAGAGUGGGACAUACACGACACCUGAGUGGCUUAGCAUAGAAAGCAAAGAAAUUAUUUCCCAGUUGCUGCAAGUGGACCCUAAAAGACGAAUUUCUAUUCCUGCUUUAUUAAAACACCCAUGGCUUACUAAGAGCUUCAAUGUACCAAUAGAAUGGCAAACAAAAUAUAAGAAAGGUCUUGAUGAUGAUUGUAUUACUGAACUAGCUGUACAUCAUGGUAAGACAAGAUCUCAGAUGGAAGCAGAGAUUUCUGAGUGGAAGUAUGACUACCUUACAGCCACAUACUUUCUUCUUCUUGAAAAAAAAAUGAAAGGAAAACCUGUGAGAUUGUUGUCUAAAGCAACAUCAAGAACUGAUAGAUCCCGGUCACGACAUUACAGCUCUGAAGAAGAUUUAGCUGGUGUUGACUUUAACAGUUCACCAUAUAUAUUGACACCCCAAAACAAAGAUGGAAAAACAGCAUGUCCUCAGACAGAUAAAGCACGUGGACGUGUAAGAGAAAGACUAGAUUUUAAUAAUCCUGUAGAGACUGCUCAGAGAAGAGCAGCCAACAAAGAUGUGAAUAAAAUCAAGAGUGAGAAAAAUGAAGUCAGUGGAGCCAAAGAAACCAAGCUAGAAAAUAAAGCCUCUACACCACAGUCUGUCUAUAAAGAAAUAGCUUCACCUUGUUACAGCAAUAAAGAAAACAGACCUUUGAUGGAAAAUGAAGCCAAAUCAGAACCAGAUAAAAGAAGUAAAGAUGAUAAAAAUGAAAAUGAUAAAAACAGCCAUCAUAAAGAAAGAGUUGGAACAAAAGCUCAUGUUUCAGAGCAUAAGGGUACAAAAGGUGAUGUGUACAACGUCAGAAAUGCAGAACAUUUAUCAAAGCAUCAAACCACUCCCAGAAAAUCACCAAUAAGACAGACUAAUGUCUAUAGAAAAUCUAAUUAUUCUCAAACACCUGCUGUAGCAGUUAGGACACCUGGAAGAAGAGAAAUGGCUUCAGAGAAAGAGAAGACGCAACCCAAACCAACAGUCCACAAGGAAAACCAUUUUGUGAAACCAUCCACACCUAAGCCUGGCAACAGUGAUGAAUUUGUUGUCCCACAGACACCAAGAAGCCGCGCAACCCCAGCUCGCACACCAAAGUUUACUGCUUAUCCUUCUCCUCAUGUUUCUAAACCUCAAGUCACAUCUAUGGAUGAUUCUUAUGUUCAUGAGAAAUCUGCUAUAAAUAACACAUUCUCGCCAUCCCGUUCUUAUGAUUCACAAUUAAAUAACUUGGGCGUAGAAGAUAAUCAUUCACCAGUUAAAGACUCCUCCAAGGCUGCAUCUCGCUCUGUUGAUGAUGAACUAUAUAGGAUGCACAUGUCCGCCCCUGGCAGUGGACAGAAAUCUGCUCGUAAGGGUGCUGUAUUUGGAAGUAUAGAACGCAUGCUCAACAUGUUGACUCCCAAAAAGAAAGGCUCUUUAAUUGAUGGACCAAGAAAAGCUCGAGCUUUACACAAUGUGUGUUUGACAAAUGAACUGAGUCCAGACCAUGUGCUGACUACUCUCAAGAAUUCUCUACAGAAGAAAUGUAUUCCUUUUAAACAGAGCGACUACUCACUUCGCUGCACUGUAAUGGAUGAUUGGGGCCACACUAAGCUCGCUUUUGACCUGGAAGUCUGUGCAUUACCUAAGAACUCCUUUUUGGGUGUACACCGGAAACGUGUGAAGGGUGAUUUGUGGUAUUACAAGAGGUUGUGUGAGGAUAUACUUCGCACUUCAGGAUUUAUUUAAAGAUUGUUAUUAUAAUAUUUAUUUCUAUAAACUCUAAAAAAAAAAAUGUGUGACUUUUAAUAAUAAAUAAUAAGUGAAAAAUUAACUUAGAACUGCACAUUUCUGAGGGAAAAAACUGCAUGGUAAAUUCUUAUUUUUUUAAUCAUUUCUGUGUUAUUUUAAGCUUUAGGCCAAGUUGUUUUAAUUUUCAAAGUUUUUAAUACUUUCUCCUUUUCUACAAUUCAGGCAGCAUACAAGUUUCCACUGAAUUUUUUUUUAAUCACAAACUUUGCUAGGUACAGGAUGGUCAAAUCAGUCCCAGGUUUACCCAAUAUUUUUCCUGUAUUCAAAUUUAGGAAUAUUUACAUUAACUUUUUACAUGUCAAAUACUUUUCUUACGACAUUUAUAAUGUGUAAUAUAAUACUAUCAAGAAAUGAUUGUCGAAUAAAGGUGUGGGACCAUGUGGUAUAGCACUCAAUAAUUAACCCCCGUCUCAAGGGAAGUUCUCAGACUGGAGACUGUGGACAUUUUAAGUUCACCCAGUUCUAAUCAUUGAGUUGGGGAAAGUAAAAGCCACAGGCUUAAUACUGACCACUACUUCAUCUGCCCCUGGACCUUUUUGUCUGAAAAUGUACUUCACUUUUUACAGACACUAUUAAAAUAAUUGGCACAAUGUGUGCAACUAAAUCAUUUCAGAACUUUUUUAUUGUUUCAGUGUGUUCAGAAAAUAUUAAAAUAAUUGUCCUAUUUAUAAUAUAAUUAUCUUAAAUUGCAAAAUACUUAACUUCCAGUUGUGUAUUUUAUCAACUAGAAAACUUCAAAUAGGUCUUUAUACAUAGCAAAGGUUAGUAAACAGGGGUUGUGCAGAAAUGACAACAUUCAUCACAGUGUUUUUUCAAAGUUUUAACUGAGUUCUCGCUUGCUGGCAAAACCAAUUGGCACCUUGGGAGUAGUGGCCUCAAAUCAUAUCCGUCUUGCAGUUACAAAUACAAUUUAUUCAUAACUUUUUCUCCUUUAAACAUUGGAAUAACACUGUUUAAUAUUGCUGUUUAUGCAUAGUAAUUAUGUGGUAAAAUAGUUCAUGCAUGUAAAAAAGCAACAGUGAACUUACUUAAUAAUAUUAAUAGUUUGUAUUUCAUAUAAAAUGAUGGAAUGUUUAAAUUAAUGUAUAUUUGUGUAAUGAAUUGAACUGUAAUAUAACUUAUAAGUAGUUAGUAGGAAAAAGUAUGUAUUAUUAAAAUUAUGUACUAAUAUAUCUAUUGCAUGCUUGUUUGUUUGUUUUUUGUAACCUAAAACAAUCUUUUGUUGAAGCAACUAUUCUCAUAGAUAAUUAUAAACUUUUUUAACAUCUCAAAUUAUCAAUAGUCAAGAAAACAGAUGUCACAUUAUCUUUUGGACAAUCAAGGAAAAUAUAAUUUUUAAAUGAAAGUUUUGAAUAAAAUAAAUCUUGCAUAAAAAUUAGUAAGUAGUUUUUUAUAUAUACAACUGUAUUAUGAUUCCUAGCUCAUUUAAUGUACAGCACUCCUUGCUUUGCUAAUGUUAUUUCCUAAACUACUUUUUACUACGAUUAUGAUACAUUUUUCUGUUAAAUAUGCAAACUACUUUUCCUAUAAAAGUGUUGUGACUCAUUUUUACUGAAGUGUAGCUUUUUAAACAUAUUUUGUGCCUUAAAACUUUUUGUAAUGCUACUGUUAUUAAACAUGUUAGUUAAUAAAAUGCGCUCCU